ACAACUUUAGCAUGGGCUGCUAUCGCGUAUCAAUCACAGCUCCAAGCUGCUGGAGAAUUUAAAAAUGUUCAGUCUGCUAUCAAAUGGGGCACUGAUUAUUUCUUGAAAGCCACUUCUAAGCGUAAUCACUUCUAUGUCCAGGUUGGAGAUCCAGUAAAAGAUCAUGAAUGUUGGACAAGGCCAGAAAACAUGAAAACGCCGAGAACUGUACUAAUGAUAGACCAGAAUAAUCCUGGAACAGAGAUUGCUGCUGAGACUUCUGCAGCAAUGGCUGCUGCUUCUGUUGUAUUUCGUGGAACCAAUCGUACCUAUGCCCGUCAACUUCUCAAUAAAGCCAAACUGCUUUUUCAGUUUGCCAAAAGCCAUAAAGGAACUUAUGAUGGGGAAUGCCCUUUCUAUUGCUCCUUUUCUGGCUUUCAUGAUGAGUUGUUGUGGGCAGCAACAUGGCUAUAUAGAGCAACCAGGAGGCCAACAUACUUGGAAUUCAUUCAAGAAGAGGCUACUACUGCAACUGUAGCUGAAUUUAGUUGGGACCUUAAAUAUGCUGGAGCUCAAAUACUCCUCUCUAAGUUCUAUUUUGAAGGGGAGAAAGAUUUACAGAAUUUUAAGCAACAGGCUGAUGGUUAUAUUUGCUCAAUACUUCCACAUAGCCCCCAUCACCAGGUUUAUAUAUCUCCAGGGGGUCUGCUUCACCUUAGAGAUGGAGCUAAUACUCAAUAUGUUACUGCCACAGCUUUUCUGUUUAGUGUUUAUAGUGAUUAUCUAGCCAAGCAUAAGCAAAAGGUCAGCUGUGGUAACAAACAGUUCAAUUCAGCUGAUCUCAUGGCCUUUGCCAAGCAACAGAUGGACUAUAUACUAGGCAAAAACCCAAGAGGAAAAUCAUACAUGGUUGGUUUUGGGAACAAACCUCCAACUCAAGCUCAUCACAGAGGUGCCUCUGUCCCGAAAAUGUCUCCCAACAAACUGGUGGACUGCUCCAUGAGUUUUGUAUACUGGUAUAACACAGAAAAACCCAAUCCUAAUGAGCUAACAGGCGCCAUUGUUGGUGGUCCUGAUCGAUAUGAUAACUUUGAAGAUCGUCGUUCAACUUCAGCCAUGACUGAGCCGACAACAUAUACAAAUUCUCUGGCUGUUGGUGUCCUUGCCAAGCUCGCGAAGCACCAUGCCCCGUCUUGAUCACCUAGCUACAUGUUCAUUAUGGUGAAGAUUUCUGAAGGUGUAUAAGUUAUUUUUUGCAGAUGAAUUGAGAGUAUAUAUAGUGAUGUCUUUGUAGGUCCUAUAUAUGUAGUGACAGCCUCGGAUAGCAGGCUGCAAGGGAUCGGGGAAAAUAACCUCGAGUUUGUCUCUCCUUUUUUCAACAGAUCAGAUGUGUUUAACUUAGAAUAGGAUUCUUAUGAUGGUCUAGAAUCUAAGGUAUUACUGUUGCAGUGUUGAUUAGUUACAUAAAGUCUGCACCCAAGAAGAGUACUUUCUUGUGGUGGUUUUAAAGAUGAAGUGUUGUGUACAUUUGUAAGGAAACACAUAUUUGAAUAACAGUCAUUCCAAGAUCCUUACUAUGA